UCCGGAAGCGAAGGCCGCUCCUCCCCUUCCGAGCGGGGUCACGACCCGGCCGGCGGGAGCCGGGCUUGGAGAGUGAGGGGCGCUGGGCGGGUCGGGGCGGCCCCCGGCUGGAGCCAUGUCCCGGAACCUGCGCACCGCGCUCAUUUUCGGCGGCUUCAUCUCCCUGAUCGGCGCCGCCUUCUACCCCAUCUACUUCCGGCCCCUGAUGCGGCUGGAGGAGUACCAGAAGGAACAAGCCAUAAAUCGAGCUGGUAUUGUCCAAGAAGACGUGCAGCCACCAGGGUUAAAAGUGUGGUCGGAUCCAUUUGGCAGGAAAUGAGAAGGCUAUCGCCACCUCUGAUUACGAAAGUAGACAGAGUCUUCAUGCUUUUAAUUCUGCAGCAAGUACUGUAAGUCACCUGGCUAGAGAAAGAUGGCUGGAGAAGAAAACUCUAGAAGGCCGUAAAGAAGAGUACUGUGCACAAGGAUUAAAUUCCCUUCUUAAACAUCGAAAGAACCCUGGAACAAAUCACACCAUUAUGAAGGUUCUCAUGAUUUGGUUUCCUUUCUAAAAAUGAAGCUUUCACCCAGUUGGGUUCAGAGGUGAUCUACUUAUUAUUCAUCCUCCACCUCUUAUCCAGCUGAGCUGUGGUGUGAGUACAGGCAACCAGUAGACUUGGGAAGAUCCUAGUCUGUUUUGCCAUCUUCCAAAUAGGAAGUUUCAGUGAAAAACCACCCUAUUGAGCCAGCCUCAUAGGGCUCUUUGAAAAUGUUAAAGUUGAUAAAACUCUUUGAGGACAAGGUACAUUGUACUCUUUAAGAAUAAACAGUUGAACUCAGCUGUCUCAUUGGGAAGCUUGCUGCAUGUUGAAAAAUAAAUAAACAUGAAGCAAAUCAAACUAAAUGGGUGUGCGUGCCUAGUAGAGAUGAGUGUCAAAUUAACCGAAGUGAAAAUGUGUACAUUAAAAUGAUUUCUUUUUACUU